CCUUCAUAAAGACUCGCAACUACUUCCGCACGCCGAGCAUACACCCGGUCGAUCGCGGCUCUUGACCGCCAUUCAUACAGGUCAUCCGUCGGUUUCAUUCUUUUGCAACUUGGGAUUCGCUCUUUACAGUUUUUUUCUGCAGUUUACCCAGCAUACAGCCGGGGAUAUAGUCGGCAAUGGCCGCUCAGCAAGGUGCCGGACUUGGCGCGACGCCCAAGAAGAAGAAUGAUUCGGAUUAUACGGCAAAUAGGGUGUUGGCGAGGGUCAUUCCGCCAUUGCUCGUCGGCGCAGCGGGUUAUUCAUUAUGGGUGUAUGUUGUGGUCAUCUGCGUGAAUUACCUUCUCAAGCAGGGAAGAACUGCAUUAGGGGUCAUCUACCUCAUCUUCUACUUCAUCUUUUUUGUCCUCAUGGCUUCAGCAUUCUUCCGACUCAUCCUCUCACCACCCGGUUACGUGCCAACCCCGAAGUUAGAUCAGGAUGAUAAGAAGGCGAUGAGGAAACUUGAGAGUUAUCGAAAUGACAAGACAGUUGAGGUGUACGUUUGUGAAGUUGGUGGUGGACCGCGCUGGUGUUCAGCUUGUGAUGCACCAAAACCUGACCGUGCACAUCACUGUUCAGAGGUUGGUCGUUGUGUCUUAAAAAUGGAUCACUUCUGUCCAUGGGUCGGCGGCGUGAUCGGCUUCACGCGCUACAAGUUCUUCGUCCAGUUCGUCACCUACGUCGCUUUCUACACCAUCUGGAUCCUAGGUACGGUAUCACCUCUCAUCCACGAGAAGACGUCCGGGCAUCAUCAUGUUCCGGGUACUUGGAUUGCCCUCAUGGCUGUAGGCGGAUUCUUCGCUUUGUUCAUGAUUCCGUUCUCCUCCUGCCAUCUAUACUACGUUCUGUCGAACUUUACGACGAUUGAGCAGAUUAACCAGAAGAGCAAGGUGUACCUCCUGAGCGUGAUGUACGAUCCUCGUGCCCCUCUGACCGGCCGUGCAGUGCUCUCCACUGAGCCGGGUGAGAACCCUUGGAACCUUGGGAGGCUUGAGAACUGGCAGAGCGUCAUGGGUGAGCGGUGGUAUGAAUGGUUUCUUCCUAUGCGCAGCAAGAGAGGCGAUGGCUGGCGUUGGGAAUGGAAUGAGCAGAUGGUGACGAGGUUGAAGGGACAAGCGGCACGAAGUGCAGGCGAAGAUAUGAUCUCCAGACCUUCCAGUACCCGUAGCGGACGAAGUGCGCAUUCGGGUACUCGCAACCACAGGGUAAGCAGAGAUGUGCAUAUUGAAGGAGAGUAUGAACGACGGAGUAGGGAAGCACACAGGCGGAGUCACGAGAGUGCAAGGAAUGGUUAUGGGCGUCCGCUUAAUACACCACCAAUGGCGCAUACACGUCCGCCUCAUACUGCCAGGUCUGCUUUGUCGCAGUUUAAUGCGCCGUCAGCCGACAGAGCCACGCCAAUGUCAUCACGCGGGCUGCUGCGUACGGAGCCCAUGUCCGAGCGUCGCGAUAGCUAUUCGGCAGAUUCAGAUACGGUCAACACUAUCAACACCUUCGCCAACUUCAACCGGGACCAGCGGCCGCAAUCCGUUAUCAGUAACUCCACCUAUCCCCGUUCAAAUGCGUUCUCGGGGUACACAGAGCCGCCAGCUCAGGAGAGCGCGACGACCAUCGACCUGCAAACUGUGGAGGAAGGUGGUUACGGGAAUGUCGGUGAUGGGGAUUGGCAUGUCGCACCAAGAAAGGUCGUGUUGAAUUUGCCCAGGGUUUCGUCUUAUAAGUCUGCGCCGGGCGAUGUGCCCUUGGCUGGUUCAGGGGAGAGCGGUGGGAAUGAGAGCACGAGGAGCAAUGGCAAUGGGGUAUUGCCGCGGAGUAAGAGUGCGUUUAACAUUGUAUGAGUACGUUCGAUGAAGAGAGAUACAAAGAAGCAGGUGAAAGGUGAAAGAAGGACUUUCGGAGGGUUAUCAUGGGCGUUCAUUACUUGUUUUUUUACUUUCAUCCAGGAGCUGUACGGGCAUGGGAGCGUAGCCCUAGCAUUCGCAAGGGCAUUAGUGGGCAU